UCUCGUCAGUAACUGAAGCACGCAGGAGGGGAAGCAGCCGAUCGCUGGAGUGGGAGUCUGGUGUUCUGCGCAGUGAUUUCAAGACGUGAUCGCUCCAGUCUGUGUGCAAGCCAUUGUGAUUGUGAACACCGAUCAACAGGAUGGCCAUGGCGUUGACGAGCGCAGGCAGCCUCCAUUCAAUUGCACCGCCCGGUGUGAUUGCAUGUGAUCGGCGAGAUGCAGGAUCUGGUGCCCGCGCAAGGAGAGUGCGGACAUGGUUGCUAUCCCGGAAUGGCGGAGGAGCGUCGACUCAAGCAGCUCCUUCAUUCUGUGCACGUGACUUCCGUCGGGCAGAGCUGCACCUAAGUUCUGUUGCAAGCGGUGUCCCGUUGAAGGUGGGACUCGUUUCCACAAGGCUGAGCAAGGUGGGACCUGGUUCCACGAGGGCGAGCAGGAAGUCCCGUUCAAGGCCAUUUUGGCUGGCGGCAGCGAGAACCGAAGGUGAUGAGGGCAGGAGAACGUCGUCUGGAGGUAGCGAGGAGGGGGACGGCAGCAACCCGUUGCGCUUCGUACGGUGGUUUAGAUCGAAGUUGAGCACGUUCUUUCCCUCCGGAGAGGGACAGAGAGAGGCGAAGUCGGGGGACAAAGGGAACUACAACGUCUACUACACUGUGAAAGAUGGCGACACGCUGGAAGGUAUCGCGGACAAGUUCGACGUCCCCCGCCAUUUUCUGAUUGAAGUCAACGAUAUUCCGGGCAGUAAGAAGCUGAGUGCGGGUCAGGUCCUGUGGAUUCCGCAUGUGUACGAAGUGAAGAGGGGCGACACUCUGGACAGCGUUGCGGAGAAGUUCGGUGUGCCAAAGGCGAGGCUGAGGGAGGUCAAUGGUAUUCAGGACGCUGAUUCGAUAUCUAGCGAGGACGCAUUGAUAAUCCCGCCUACGGAAGAGGAGAGCAGGGUGGGAGGGAAAGGCCGUGAAGGAGAGCGACAGGGUGUUCACACGGGGAUCGGAGGAUCGACGUCCGCCACGGCAGGCACCACGGGCAGCGCAGGGCAAGGAGGAGGAUCAGCGAUGGGGACGACGGGGACGACGGGGACGAGUGGUAGUAGGGGUACCUCUGGGCAAGGCGGAACAUCAACAUCCGGGGGGGCGGGUGGCACGUCCACAGGGCAAGGAGGAGCUGGAGGGGCAGGUGGCUCAUCUGCAGGGCGAGGAGGAGGGUCAACGACGGGAACGACGGGGACGAGUGGUAGUAGGGGUACCUCGGGACACGGCGGAGGAUCGACAUCAGGGGGAGCGCGUGGCACAUCUACAGGGCAAGGGGGAGCUGGAGGGGCGGGUGGCUCAUCUGCAGGGCAAGGAGGAGGGUCAACAACGGGAACGACGGGAACGAGUGGUAGUAGGGGUACCUCAGGGCAAGGCGGAACAUCAACAUCCGGGGGGGCGGGUGGCACGUCCACAGGGCAAGGAGGAGCGGGAGGGGCGGGAGGCUCAUCUGCAGGGCAAGGAGGAGGGUCAACGACGGGGACGACGGGGACGAGUGGUGUUAGGGGUACCUCAGGGCAAGGCGGAGGGUCAACGUCCCCGAUGACGGGGACAACGGGGGGUACGUCAGGUCAAGGAGGAGCCGGAGGGGCGGGUGGUUCAUCUGCAGGGCAAGGAGGAGGAUCAACGACGGGAACGACGGGGACUACUGGUACCAGGGGUACCACAGGUGGCGGAGGUUCAACAACAGGGCCGGCGGGUGGCGGAUCUGCAGGGCAAGGAGGAGCUGGGGGGGCGGGUGGCAGAUCUGCAGGGCAAGGAGGAGGGUCAACGACGGGAACGACGUCCGGGGGUGCGGGUGGCACAUCUGCAGGGCAAGGAGGAACUGGGGGGGCGGGUAGCUCAUCUGCAGAGCGAGGUGGAGGAUCAACGACGGGAACGACGGGGACGGCUGGUAGGAGCGGUACCACAGAGCAGGGCGGAGGAUCAGCAUACCCGACGUCGGGGACAGCGGGGGGUACAUCAGGUCAAGGAGGAGCUGGGGGAGCGAGUGACACAUCAACUACCGGAGGGAAGGGGAGCGGAGGACAAGGACGCAGUGGAGAAACGGGAUCUGCAGGGGGAAGAUCGACAUCGUCUACCACUCGGACGGCGGGUACCACAGGGCGGGAAGGAGGGUCGGCAUCCCCCGGCAUGGGAAGGACGGGUACCACCGGGCAGGAAGGAAGUGGGGGAACAGGUGGGUCGGCAACCCGCGGAGGGCACGGGGAUGCAGGGCAGGGACGUGGGCAGGGCAGGAGUACCGCCGGGCAGUGAAGCGGGGAGAGCAUGGUACCUCAUGGCAGGGAAGAGGAGGGAUAGGAGGGUCGUCUCCAUUCACGAGCGGCAGUUGAACACUUGGAAAUGCUUCAUGACAAUGGGUGGACGCAGACCGAGGAGAAGGAUCGGAAACGGUGUUCGUUAAACACUCUCCUUCCGCCACUGAGAGGAUGGAGUUAGGUAUGAAGAGAGAAGAGAAGUGUGACAGAUUCUCAAGAUUUUCGCUCACAGUGAUACUGAAUCGUAUCUGCUUGGGCGUCUGGCAUCCCGUCCUCGUCCUGUCCUCGUCAAACGGAUGUGCUCGAUGUCUUUUUGAUGCGCUGGUCUCGAUGAAGCCAAGGAGGUGGAGGCCGAAGGAUAGGGUCGUCAAAGAGACGUCGCCGCCCUGUCUGCGGUCACAAAGCUGUAUACUACACCAGUCCAAUUGAGGGGAGAGUCAUUACACGGUCACGUAGCCAGCGCUUCAAGCGAGUUGGUUGCCGGUUGUGGUUGUUGUUGUUGUUGUGUUGUUGUGGUUGUUGUGGUUGUUGUGGUUGUGGUUGUUGUUGUCAUGUACGGUCUCUUGAGGGAAGUGUACGGUCUCUUGAGGGAAGUGUACGGUCUCUCGAGGGAAGUGUACGGUCAAGAAGCCGGUUGUGGUUGUUGUUGUUGUUGUUGUUGUUGUUGUUGCAUCUUUUUUCUCUUGAAGGAAGUGUACGGUCUCUUGAGGGAAGUGUACGGUGAAGAAGUUGUACGUUAGAGACAGGAGUCCGAGGGAGGGAUUAGUCAAUACCAGAGCAGCUAGAGCCAGAGCGUCGAGGGAGUUGGGGUUGACGGUCGGUUGUUGUUGCUGUUGCUGUUGUUUUUUUUUUCGUCGUGCUUUUUUGUUUUUUCCUGUUUUGCUGCGAUUUUACGGUCAGCUCUUUGAAUUUGAAAGGGAAAGUGUAUUCCAUAUACUUGUUGUACAUUAGAGGAGUUCGAGAAGGGGAAAAAUCAGUACAGGGCAGCCACUGCCAGCCAGACCUUCGAGGGAGUCGGUUUAUGGUUGGUUCUGUGUUUUUUUUUUCCGUCUGGUGCCGACUUCGACGGUAGGGAAAGAGGCUGGAUGUUGAUGUUGACCGGCCUUUUAGCUUGUAUACAGGCUAUAGUAUCACGGUAUCUGACCGGCCUUGCAGCUUGUAUACAUUUGUGAUUAGCGUGCGCUGUGCGAAGAGUAUAGCGACAGUCCUGAUUAUGGGAGUAGGAGAUCUUGACAGUGGUAUGUGGUCUGCUUUGCAUGUCAUUUUUCUCGACAAGGACGAAAAAAAAGAAAGAACUGUCGACGGGGAGACAGGAUAUCAAAUCGACGUGGUCUAUAAAAGCGAAAGAACUGUCGAGGGGAGACACGAUAUCAAAUGGACGUGGUCUAUUUCGAGUGGUGUUUUGUGGUGAAGGGGUAGCGCUGAGCAGUGAACCUAACACGUUUUUAGGGCAUACUCACGCUAAAACGUUUUUAAAUGCAUCUGACUGCUUUUACGGCCUGACCAGGAUGAAUCUGACUGCAAGUACGUCCACAGCUCACUAGGAAAAAUCGUAAUGAGUAUGCCCUUAAUCUGAUUUCAGAAAAAAUUAUGGAAACGCCGCCGACAAGUCGACGUGCUACCUGCUUAAUCGCUAGAAAAAAAAGACAUAAUAAGCCGACGUGCUGAUUCGUCAUUGUGAAUCAACAGACCAGGAUGAA